UCUGCCAUUGGAUUGGUUGCUCCAUGGGUCCGGAUGGACACUCCGAGCGAAGGCGAUGGCGAGGUCCGCAUUCCCGUCACCGUGCUCACGGGCGUCCUCGGCGCGGGGAAGACCACCCUGCUGAGGUACAUACUGGAGAAGCCUCAUGGAUACCGGGUGGCGGUGAUCCAAAAUGAGUUUUCGGAGGAGAUGGGCAUGGAGGCGCCAUUGUUCACCGACGCCAAGGGCGACACCAUAAAGGACGUCUACGAGCUUCCGAAUGGCUGCCUUUGUUGCUCUGCGAAGGAUGGCCUGAUCGGAAUGCUCGACGUCCUGCUGGAGCAGAAGGACCGCUUCGACUAUGUGUUGGUGGAGGCAACGGGCAUCGCCGAUCCGGAAUCUGUGUGUGAGGUGUUCUGGGUAGACGACGGCCUCGGCAGUAGGGUUUACCUGGAUGGUGUCCUUGCGCUGGUGGACGCCUAUCACGUCUUCUCCUACCUGGGAAAGAGCGAGGCGGAGCCGGAGGCGGAGAAGGGGAAGGCCCUGGGGCUGGAGGCGGAAGCCCUGAAGCAGGUGGCAUGCGCGGAUGUCCUGAUCCUCAACAAGGUGGACCUUGUCUCAGAGGACCGGCGGAGCCGUGCGUGCGCGGUGCUGCGGGAGAUUAACCCGACGGCGAGGAUGCUGGAAAGCCGGUUUGCGGAAGUGCCCCUGGGGGAGAUCUUGGGCCUUCAGGCCUUCGACAAGGAUCGUCUGGCAGCCGCUGUCCUGGCGAUCCCAGCCAUGGAUGGGCAGGAGCCUGGCCAUGAGCAUGCCCAUUCGCACAGUGAUGGGCAUGGGCAUUGCAACUGCGAGGGGAUCCUUCCACGUGCCCACGGCAUUGAGAGCGUGCUCCUGCACGGCGAGGACGGCGCGCUCUAUGAUCCCGACAAGGUGCGCUCGUGGAUGGCCGAUGUUCUCUGGGAGGGAUCUGCGGGCUUCGUGUACCGCUGCAAGGGCCUAUUCAGGGGCCCAUCGGAGGAGGAGGCGGAGCCGCGGGAAACCGUGGCGCACGCCUUGCAAGGAGUUGGGAAGCUCUUCGAGAUCGAGGAGGCAAAGGUGUCCUCCGCUGGAAGCAAGUUGCUCUUCGUGGGCCGGGGCUUGAAGCGGGACGCCCUUGCAGCAGGCCUGCAAAAGUGCCAGGCGGACACCUGAGUUUUGGCGUGCCUUUGGGGGUCUCGGCGGGGACCCCGCCGCACCCAGCGAGCGACAAAAACAGACACCGGGCGACCGAGUGAGUGCCGCGUCCCAGUUGUAGGGUAUCACCGUUCGGGGCAGGUUGAAGUGAGCUUGCGAGGGAAAUGCCUGUGGGUGCAUGGCCUGGCUUAGUAUUUGCACAUGAGCGGCGCCCAAACCCCA